AUGGCGAACCGGUGGUGGGCUGGAAAUCUGGCGAUGAACCCGAUGUCAUCUUCUUCGACUCCAUCCCUUCAUCUGAGAAGCAGUACAGACGAUGACAAUGGCGGAUUGAACCGGGUUGGACCCAGAAGAGAGCAAGACUUUUUGGACACCACCCCCACGUCCACCAGCAAUACCACCGCCACAAAUAGCAGUGGGAGCAACAACAAUCAAAACCCUAAUGCCACAACCCAAAACCCAGACGAUGAUGAACAAAACCGAGAGAACGAGCGCGAAAACGAAGAAAACAACCCCGGCUACGGCGGCCGUGAAAUUUCCGAGCCGGGUAGUUCUGAUCGCCGGCCGAGAGGCCGACCAGCUGGUUCGAAGAACAAACCGAAGCCUCCCAUUGUCAUCACCAAAGAAAGUCCCAAUGCUCUCCGAAGCCAUGUAUUGGAAAUCAGCAGCGGCAAUGACAUCGUGGAGAGCAUAGCCACCUUCGCGCAGCGGCGCCACCGUGGUGUCUCCGUCCUCAGCGGCAGCGGCAUUGUCAACAAUGUUACUCUCCGGCAACAGGCGGCACCAAGUGGCGUAAUCACACUUCAUGGAAGAUUCGAGAUAUUAUCAUUGUCGGGUGCAUUCUUGCCAACACCAUCGCCGCCUGGAGCCACCGGUUUGACGGUGUACUUAGCCGGAGGUCAAGGGCAGGUGGUGGGCGGAACUGUUAUGGGUGCUCUGAUGGCUUCAGGGCCGGUUAUGGUGAUUGCGGCUACAUUUGCGAAUGUGACAUACGAGAGACUACCACUUGAAGACGAGCCUGCCGAUGAGGGAAUGCAAUUACAGCCACCGUCGGCGGUGAAUGCUGGAACUUCAGGUAACACAUCAUCUCAGUCUCAUGGUAUGGCCGACGCAUCACCAUCUUUGCCUUUAUAUAAUCUACCUCCUAAUCUGUUGCCCAAUGGCCAAAUGCCCCAUGAUGUGUUUUGGGCUACUCCUCCACGGCCCCCUACCUCUUACUGA